GAUCAGUUUGUUUCCACUUUUGACAAGAGAACCGGCGAUAACAAGUGUAGCUAAUGUUUUUGCUUCUGUAGUUUCUCUAUUAAUGUCUAUGUUAAAGUGCCAUUGAUAGCUAUUAUCCACUCAGUCUGCCUCUCAGGGUCUAUCUGAGGCCACCAUGUCUUCGUUCUCCCGGAAGGGGUCCCCUCGCUGCCAGGCUGGCCCAGGGAGAGAGGAGGUGGCUGGGGCCCGGCAGCAGAAGAUGACCCUCCCAUUCGCCAUGUCCCUGGGCCAUGUAGACCCAGAGGCACUGAGAGCCAGGCUGAUCUCAGUAGCCCCGAGCCAGGCACAACGCAACCCUGACACCCUGGUCUUCACACAUACCACCAAGGCCCAGGAACGCAGGAGGGCAGGGCAGAGACCCGUACCGCUGGAGAUACUGCCGGUCCUGAAGAAGUACCAGGACCACAAGCAGCCAGAGUUCAUCCACAGGCAGAACCGGGAGAGGCUGAUCCAGUCGGGCUGGAAGCCGCCGUCGCCCUCCCUUGCUGGGGUAGAGUGGAUGGACAUGGCCCCUGACAGACAGAGCUCCACCCUGCACCUCCCUGAGCUGCCUGACCACGUCAAGGAGAAACAGGCUCAGAUGACCCAGAGUACCCUGUGUUCCCCCUCUCCCCCCAAACGCCUUCGCUCCUCCAAGUCCACAAAGCCCUCCCCCACCGGACCCUUCCUCCAGUCCCCCUUCCCUCUCCCAGCCAGUCACCCCCUCAUCUUCAGCUCGGCAGAGGAUGUGAUCCGUGCCAAAAUACGCUCCCCGCCGGACAUCGUCAGAAUUAUCCGGAACAACCCUCACCUAGGCUUCCUGUACAUGACCUCUGCCGCACCCAAGAGCUCCAUCAAAUAUGAUGCUUAUAACUUCAAGAUAGUGACGUAUGAGAACAUCAACAAGCAGGACUACUCUACCAUCAGCCAGCAGGGUGUGACCUGCAUCUCUGACGCAGAGAUGGACUUCCUGCCGUUAGAGCGCUGGGAGCAUGAGUACCGAUGCCACCGCCGCCUCCUGGCCAUCCCGGCCUUCGCCCUCUUCAGGAGGUGGAAGGCCUUCAGAGUGUGGAGGACCAACGUCCGCUCCAAGAAGAUCAACACGUGCAAGAAGUCCCUGCAGGAGCGCCUGUUCAUCGUCAAUGAGUCUCUGUGUCCGGCGCUGCUGAACAUCAGAGAGAUGUGCUACAGGAUCAGUGACAUGGGGCUUUGUCACAUCCAGAAAGAUCACACAUACACUCUGGAGGAGUUCCAGGAGGCUCAGUACAGACAGCUGGAGGAGGUAUCUUCUCGUCUGGAAGAGUUCAGGGAGCUUGUAAAGGAGGUGGCCAGUAGCGCCUGUCACAUGGCCAUGUUGGAGGCAGGAUACACACCUGACUAUAGCUACAACACAGAGGGGACAGACAGUAAGCAGUCACCUGACAUUGAGCUGCUGUUUGAAGAGGCUCCAGAGAAGAUGAGUUACACAGAACAGGCCAACAAGAGGUACCACUGUAGACGCCUCACCUGUUUCAUCCGGUUGGCUGACUACCUGAUGGUGAACACCAUGCACAUCCUGGCUGUGAACUCUGUGGCCAAACUACUGGGCGUCCUGCAGGAUCAGACCCAACACACCCCGGCACACGCUGUCAUCCACAGCUGGGCCGACACCGAUGCUGCCCCGACACACGCUGUCAUCCACAGCUGGGCCGACACCGAUACUGCUGCUGUCGCUGCUGGAGACGGAGGUGGAGCCACGGAGGACUCUGACAAGAAGGCUACAGAGCCCACAGGGGAGGUGGUUCAUCUUCUACCCAUGUUUGUAUCAGAGCUGAUGCUGGAGACCCACGCUCUGACCUACGAACCCUCCGUAGACGUCUUCCAGGAGCGUGUGUCAGCGAUCAUCUCCAGGUUCCAGGAGACGGUGUUGUCAUUAGUUGUUCUGGUGACUGACUCCUACUUUGAUGCCUUCACUCAGCCCAUGAUCAACAGCAAGGUGUGA